AUGCACUGCACCGGGGCCUCAAACUCUGAGCAAGUUCCCGGGCUCCGGGCGUGCAGCGCUCUUCGGCCUCUGGCCGGUGGGCUGGCCUCGGCGGGACCCAGCGGGCCUGGCGGCAGGACCCCUGCGGCGCUGCGUGGACACUCAGGGUCUGACUCCGAGCGGAGUUUGGAGGUGCACGGAGGGGGUGACUGUCCCAGCCCGGACUCCCGCGUGCCGAUGGCGGCGGGCGGUUGCGGGCCCUACCUGGGCUCGCCCACUCUAGAGGAGCCGCACGUGCCCGAGGCCUCGGCGCCACAGACCCCUGAGCUGGACGACAGGACCCCGGACCUGCCCCUGAACCAGGACGGCUGUGCGUCCAUGCCUAAUGCCCAGGCGAUCACUCUGCAGGUGGACAUGGCCAUGGCCCUGGAGCCCGUGGAUCUGGCAGAGCAGUACGGCCAGAGCUACCUCUGUCUCCUGCAAACAGCCUUCGCCGUAGGAAAAAUGGAUCUGAUUCCAGGUUUACCAUUAUUCUUGAUCGAAGGUUGGAUACAUGGUCUUCUAUCAAAAUCUCUCUCCAAAAAAUCUCAGAAUGCUCUCUUACUGGGGAAGAAUGAACCAUGUUCAGCAAAGAGCUGGACGGACAUUCAGAGUACCUUUAUUCUUGUAACUGCCAAAUUGACGGCAUUGGGAAUUUCCUUCCCUGGGAACUUACACUUGGUAUUGGUUCUACGCCCAACCAGUUUUCUUCAACGAACUUUCACAGACAUAGGAUUUCGAUUUAGUCAGGAAGAUUUCAUGCUCAAACUCCCGGUGGUUAUGCUGAGCUCAGUUAGUGAUUUGCUGACAUACAUUGAUGACAAGCAAUUAACCCCUGAGUUAGGCGGCACCUUGCAGUACUGCCACAGUGAAUGGAUCAUCUUCAGAAAUGCUAUAGAAAAUUUUGCCCUCACAGUGAAAGAAAUGGCUCAAAUGUUACAGGCCUUUGGAACCGAACUGGCUGAGACAGAACUACCAGAUGAUAUUCCUUCAAUAGAAGAAAUUAUUGCAAUUCGUGCUGAAAGAUAUCACCUGUUGAAGAAUGAUAUUACAGCUGUAACCAAAGAAGGAAAAAUUCUGCUAGCAAAUCUGGAAGUACCUGACACUGAAGAAUCUAUCAGUUCAAGACUUGAACAUCAUGAGCAAAUAAGUGGUGACUGGCAAACAGUUAAUAAAUUGCUGACUCAAGUACAUGAUAUGGAAAUUGCUUUUGAUGAAUUUUGGGAAAAACACCAACUAAAAACGGAGCAGUAUCUGCAACUAUGGAAAUUUGAGCAGGAUUUUCAAGAGCUUGUGCGUGAAGUUGAACUUCUAAUAAAUCAACAAGCAGAGUUGGCAGAUGUCACAGGGAAUAUAGCUCAAAUAAAACAAAAAAUAAAAGAGUUGGAACACUUAGAUGAAAAUUUGCAGGAUCUAUUAGCAAAGGCCCAGUUUGUGAUUUUACAUGGACACAGACUUGCAUCAAAUCACCAUUACGCACUUGAUUUGAUCUGCCAGAGGUGCAACGAGCUACGUUAUCUUUCUGAUAUUUUGGUUAAUGAGAUCAAAGGCAAACGGAUACAGCUCAGCAGGACCUUCAAAAUGCAUAAACUCCUCCUACAGCAGAUUCAAAUUCAGACUGUGCAACUCAAGCUCGAAAGCAUUCAAACUGUAUUUGGGAGCCAACAAGGUGGUUUCAAGAACUUGAAAGAUGAGCAUGUGAGGCCAAUCCAGUUUGUGUUGCCUGCUUCCAACAAAGUGAUCAGAUCUAAAACACCCUUUUAUUCACCUAAACCUGGCAAGAAGACUUGGAAACAAAAUCAGAGCAACUUAAAAAUUGAAGUGGUUCAUGAUUCUCUGGAGAAGAGAAGUGCUGGUCCAUCCUCCACUUUGAGCAAUGCCAAUACCUUGGAUAUUUUAAAGAACCAUGUUCUAAAUGAGCUGAUACAGACCGAGAAGAUUUAUGUUCGUGAGCUGUUUACUGUUUUGUUGGGUUAUAAAUCAGAGAUGGAUAAUCCAGAGAUGUUUGCUCUUAUGCCACCUCUCCUGAGAAAUAAAAAGGAUGUUCUCUUUGGAAAUAUGGCAGAAAUCUAUGAAUUCCAUAGCAACCUUUUCAUGAGCAGUCUGGAAAACUGUACUGAUGCUCCAGAAAGAGUCGGACUUUGUUUCCUGGAAAGGAGAACUGAUUUUGAGAUGUAUGCAAAGUAUUGUCAGAAUAAGCCCAAAUCAGAGGCAGUUUGGAAGAAGUAUUCAGAAUGUGCCUUUUUCCAGGAAUGCCAAAGAAAAUUAAAACAUAGACUUGGUCUGGAUUCCUAUUUACUCAAACCAGUGCAACGACUCACUAAAUAUCAGUUACUGUUGAAGGAACUAUUAAAAUAUAGCAAAGACUGUGAAGGAUCUGGACAAUUAAAAGAGGCACUUGACACAAUGCUGGAUUUACUGAAGUCAGUUAAUGACUCUAUGCAUCAGAUUGCAAUAAAUGGUUAUGUUGGAAACUUAAAUGAUCUGGGCAAGAUGGUAAUGCAGGGUGCAUUCAGUGUUUGGAUUGGACACAAAAAGGGUGCUACAAAAAUGAAGGAUUUUGCUAGAUUCAAACCAAUGCAGCGGCACCUUUUCUUGUAUGAAAAAGCCAUUGUUUUUUGUAAAAUGCGUCUUGAAAGUGGAGAAGGCUCUAGUAGAUACCCUUCAUACAGUUACAAGCACUCUUUAAAAAUGGAUGAAGUUGGAAUCACUGAAUAUGUAAAAGGAGAUAACCGCAAGUUUGAAAUCUGGUAUGCUGGGAAGGAAGAAAUUUACAUUGUCCAGGCUUCAAAUAUAGAUGUGAAGAUGAUAUGGUUAAAAGAAAUAAGAAGUAUUUUGUUGAAGCAACAAGAACUUAUGACAGUUAAAGAACGACAACAGUAUAACCAGUUAACUGAGCAGAACCAGCUUUCUUCUCAACGGAAUGAUGAAAGGCAACAGGGAGCUUUAAUAGGCGCUGAGGGAACUGGAUCAGAGCACACCAACACUGUGGUAGGGGCCGGUGAGGAAAUCGUGACAGUUCAGGCAGAAGCAAAUACAGUUCAGACUACAGAAAUCUCUGAAAGGCCUGAGGCAUGGUCAAACAACUAUUUCUCCUCUUCCUGUGUUGACAAUGAAGAAGAAAGACCCCUAAUGGUUAGUAGUGACAUAUUAAAAUAAAUAAAUAGAAACUCUUGAGGCAAUUUUCCUGAUGAAAUAGGUGAAGUACAUAAGGACAUUCCUUUGUCAAUAUCCUUGAGGUAUGUUCCAUGGCCAAAAGAUUUGAAAUAAUUUUGAGCAUUCAGUAAGCACUUCUCUCUGUAAGUAGAACUUGUUUGAGCUACACAUGGAGUUCCUACUGAAGUUGAUGAGACAAAUAGUCAACCAUUCCAAGUUUCUAUACAUUGACUAGUUUUAUCUUUAGUUAAAAUUCACUGUGUUGUCAAUUAAGGCAUGUGAGAUAAACUCAAGGACAAAGGAAGGUCAAAUAUACUUUAAAAAUCAGUUUAAAU